AUGAAGAGAGAAGACAUUACCUACCUGGGUGCUGGCCCUGCCAGUCUCCCCACCGAUGUUCUCGCCACAGCUGCCCAGGCGCUGCAGAACUACCAAGACACUGGACUUGGUGUCGCAGAACACAGCCAUCGCAGCGAAAUCGCGACAAAUAUCCUGAACGGCGCCAAGGCUGAUCUUGCCAACUUCCUGGAUAUCCCCGACACCUACGAGAUCCUCUUCCUGCAAGGUGGUGGAUCCGGCCAGUUCGAUGCGACCGUUUACAACCUCGUCUCAAUCUGGGCUGAGAAGCAGAGACAGCAGAUCAUCAAGGAGAAGGCCGGUAUUAGCGAGGAGGAAGUCAUUAGCGAGCUGCGCAAGAAGGUCGAGUCGGAACUGAAGCUGGACUACCUGGUCACUGGAUCAUGGUCGCUGAAGGCCAGCCAGGAAGCCGUUCGCCUUCUUGGCUCUGAGUAUGUCAACAUCGUCAGCGACUCCAGGACCGUCAACGACGGCAAGUUCGGAAAGAUCGCAGACGAGUCGACCUGGAAGCUGAGCCCCAAGGCUGCCUUGGUCUACAAGUGCGAGAACGAGACUGUUGAUGGCGUCGAAUUCCCCAGCUUCCCCAAGGUUCUGGAGCCCAAGGGUACCGACGAGGAUCCUAUUGUCGUUGGAGACUUCUCUUCCACUAUCCUGUCUAGACGUAUUCCUGUCCAGAACUACUCGAUCAUCUUCUUUGGAGCUCAGAAGAACUUGGGUGUUGCUGGAAUCACGGGAGUGAUCAUCAAGAAGGACCUCCUGCCCCCUGUUUCUUCCCCUUGCUCUCCUGCCAUCCUGCGCAAGCUCGGCUUGCCGAUUGCGCCCACCAUCCUCGACUACUCUGUUGCCGCUAAGAACAACAGCUUGUACAACACUCUCCCCAUCUUCGAUGUCUACAUUGCAGGCCAGGUUUUGAAGAAGCUGCUUGCCGAAUUCCCCGACAAGGUGGAUGGACAACAGGCUGUGGCUGACAGAAAGGCUAAGCUCAUCUAUGAGACGCUUGACGCCUACCCCGAGGUAUACAAGGUCGUCCCCGCUAAGGAGGUACGUUCAAGAAUGAACGCCUGCUUCCGUGUGAUCAAGGGUGGCAACGUCGACGAUGCCGAAAAGUCCUUCCUGAAGGGUGCUGUCGAGCGUGGCAUCACUGGCCUGAAGGGCCACAGAAGCGUCGGAGGUAUCCGUGCGUCGAACUACAAUGCCAUUCCCGAGUCGGGCAUUGAGAAGCUUGCCGCGUACUUGAAAGAAUUCUACGCCGGUCUUGUCGUCCGCAACAGAAUGUCGCACGUUAAAAAGCUCCACCUGCCUCGCCCGACAGCUGGCAUCAAGACUGACGUUUGGAAUCUCCCAAACGAGAUAGAAUCACAGAUAACAACGCUAGCGGCCGUCCUCCACGUCCAGCAGCAACAACGUACUCCCCUUCCAAGAGAAGAGGAAGAGGACGAAGAAGAAACUGACGACGAAGAAACCUCCAAUGAGCAACUACACAACCAUGAACUUGGAUCGUCGGCCGUCGUCGCUCCAUUAGCUUCAGAAAAUACAAAGAACUUGAGAAGAUGCUUUCUGGAUCAACUGGCCGAGUUACUGUGCUAUAAGAAAGAUGCACAUUAUGUGACCUGCACGUAUCUACGGGAAGGAGUUGAUGAGGUUACUAUACUCGCAUCACGGAACGCUGCUUGGGAAGACAAGGACAUUAGGCUCUUAGAGAGUUUGGCGGGCACGUUGGAACAACUUGCAGUGAGAGAUCCUUUCAACCUGGACUUCAAGCCAGACCUGGAAAGAGAAUUCAUCGAAUACUAUACCCCACGCUUGAAGUACCAUAUCAAACAACUCGUCAAUUUCUUAGAAGCAGUAAAGGGGGAGACGGGCCUGGUCGACUUUUUAAGGAGCUUUCUUUCCCGACGCAACUCUUCACAAGUCCUUGUCGAUGGGGUAAAGAGGAUUUGGGCCUCUAUUGACUUUCGUUCCAGGAUCGAGGCAUUGCCAAAAGCAAAUAAGAUAGUGCGAGAGCUGGGUUAUAUUCUUCGCUCUAUAGUCGCCGCCGACACCUUUGAUAAAGCAGCGCGCGAGAUCUCAAACUUUCAGCGGGUCAAAAUAGAGCUCCUGCCUGGGCACAAAGCUGAAAGUGUUACGCCGUCCCUAUCACUCGUACCCCGAACACCACAGUAUCUUGGCAUUAGCAAGAAGACCUGUUUCGUGUGCGGUCAUUUCCUACAAAAUUUAUCACAAUCUCAAGCGCGUAACAAUCAUGGAAAGGUGUACUCGCAGUGGAGACUGCCGAAAUCGUUUAUCAUGCCUUUAAAGUACUGUGAGACACUGGACAACGCUGCUCGAAACCUCCGAGAUGUGAUGCAACGUGAAUGUGCUCUAGGACGGGACUACCAUAUUGCUGCAGUCAAAGAAUCAACUAUCUCAUCUCCAGUUGCACCACAACACAUGCGUAUCUGGUCACCGGUUUCUCGCCAUGUACCGGACCCUAAACUACAAGCAAGAGAGUCGGAGUGGCUAUCACAUCGCAGUCCGAGAGACAUAGCUGCCUUCGGGAUCCUUUACUUUACAUCGGCGGCUGAUCAACAGAGAACUUUCGGGUUGUACUGCCGACUCGUAAACGAUUGGGGCGUGGGAGAAGAAGAGCUUCGAGACGCAUGGAAACAAGACAAAUUGAAAGAAAGCUAUUGGAUAAGUCAGCAGGAUGGCUUUGCUGCCAACAAAGAGACUGAUUUUAAUAUCGUAUUUGAAUCUCAAAAACAUGUGCUCAAGCCCGAAGAUCAGCAAGUGCCAUAUCAGCUGUGGAAGCCACGGGAAAAGCUCGAAGCCUAUGUGUUUCUUUGCCAGAUUCGACAUGGACACGUCCCCGACGCCGACGAGGACAAUUGGAUUUGCCUUGGAUUCUGCACAGCUGAGGAUGACGGCGAAACCCAACAAUUGGCGAAGCUAUACAGAGAGCUCCUAGAUACAUGUGUAUUCGAAGAGUUCUGGAAGGCCAUGGUAGAGUCGAAGAUGGUUGACCUGUUCAGAAAAUGUUACUGUGGAUUAUGGAUUCUACAACUGUCAAACACCACUGGAGCUGAGUGA